AUGGAAAUCCAGGAAGCCCAAGAGGACAUCUUUGAGGAGGGAGUAAAAUUUUCAAUCUAUUGUCUUACCAAAAUCCAAGCCUCGGACGAAGACGCUUUGAGGGGCGAGAUAGCACCUGACCUUUUCGAUGACUCCAACUUGGAAUUUAUUCCCUGGGAAUCCGAUGAAGAUGGCAAGGAGGCGGAUAUGAUACGUAUCUACAAGCAAACGCAGCAAGAGACCAGCAACGAAAUAAACUUCUGCCUCUUUGCCGACCAGCAGUCGUCUCGAGAUCUAUCCGUCAUUAUUGUCAACCGGGAUAUUGGGAGCGUUCUUCACUCGGACGAAGCUAUUGCCCGUGCUCAACAACUUGUCAAGGAUCUGAAAUGGGAGUCGAUAGACUGUGAGAUCGACGAAGGUCUCCUGGAAGGGGCCAGAGAUGAGCUUGAGGGUCAUGCCGUUGCAUAUGGACGUACCGAGGCCGCCAACGUUUACGACGUCUGGGUGGAACUCGAAACGGCAAACUUGGCUUUGCCAGAUUUAGUGUGGGAAGGUGAAGCCGGCAUCCGUUUGAUACCAGAUCCUGACUGGGACGGCACUGCGUUCCUCAAGAAAAUUGAGGAGCUAAAGAAGAGAGAACGGGAUGGGCUACAGCCACCGCUUUCUCGGCAGUGA